UCUUGGAAGUCCAAACGCUUUUGCAUGUGCUUUUCUUCCCAAAAAAUCUGCUUAAUCCUCUUGGCGACUUUUGCCUUUUGUGCACAAGUGACCCGUUUCUGCAAAAAAAGUUGCCCAAGUUGAUUAAUGGGCUCUCUGUUGGGUUUAGGCCUGUGGGCGAGCAGAUCAGGGGGUGGAGCAGCAAGCAUUGCAGCCGUUUGGAGAACCAGAUCGAGCAUUUAAUGGCCCAUUGUUCCCCCCAUCGUGCACUUUUGUGGCUGUUUACUGCCCUACAAGCCCGUUCUUAUGGCAGCUUUCUCCACAUCAUGAACACAUGAGUGAUUGCUCUAUUUGGUGCUCCUCAUAGCACCGCAACUGUUUCAAAAAAGAGCAGGAGUCAAAAAGUUUGCAGCAGCAACGGAGGAUUACGCCGAGAUUGGAGGAAUUUGAACGGACCACGCAGCAUCACUCUUUGACUGUACAUACUGUAGCCCAGCUCAUUUGCAUAAAGAAGACAUCGUCACCAUGUUUUUGUUCCUCAGCGCUCUUCAGAGUUCCCCGUGGGGCCUCGUGCAGGCGCUGGAACAACAGGUGGGAGAGCUGCGCAUCGACACUGAGCACCACAGCAGCCAUGGCGGAACUCAAGCAGACACAGGUGACAGUCGACCGAGUUCAGGAUUCUACGAGUCGAGUGAAGGGAGAUCUUGUUCCUCAGAGCCCGCCGAGAUGGUCUCUUCCUGCGCUUACAGCAACGACAGGCCAAAGUCUGUGGGAGAUCCACUCAUGUUGAAUGGAGAAGCAGACAUGGCGGUCCCUCAAACUGGCCUACCUCGCUCAUUCUCUGCCCCCCACCCCCCUCUUGAGGACAUCGCAGAGGAAGGAACCCCAGUGGACUCGUGGAUGUUUGAUUCCAGCAGAGGCGAUCAACCCUGGCACCGGCACCAGCAUCCUCCAGGGGAUCAGAAGGACUACCCGCAGGUUGUGAGGGUGGAAGGUUACAUCCUUAAUCUGCUCCAGCGUCACACCCUCUCACCACGGCCAUGUCAGCCUCGCACGACACUCAGCCCAGAUCAGCCUUACUGCUUCACCCCUGCACAUGGCGCCCUACACAGGAGAAGCCCCUCUCUUUCCACAGAGCAUCCAGGGCCUCCAGUUGACCCUUUGCCAAACCCAAAGAACCAGAGUUGGGGUUGUGACCUUCCAGAGGAUGAGGCCCCAUCUUUGGAAGAGGAGCGUUAUUUGGUUUUGCCCUACCCCCAGUGUAGGCCUGGGAGGUUACCGUCACCUCCGCCCUCCAUGGACCCCAACUGCACUGCUGGAGCGCUUAACCUUUGUCGUGAACCCUCAUCCCCCCAGCAUUGUGCGCAUCCACAGCCCUCAUUUAAUCACAAACACAAUCUAGUAAGUGCUCAGUACAUCCCAGGGCAAGCCUGCCAUGCGCCCUUACGAUCCCCCAGACACUUAAACCCGCCGCAGUCCAAAGUUCGCCAAGCUUCUCCUGACCACCCCAAGGCUAGAACCUCCAGGAAGAACCACAACGACAAACAGAGGUCUAAGAAGUCCAGCAGCAAAACCAGUCGGUCCCAGUCGGAGAAUAGCCUCCUGGGGCAACGGGUGCUGCCUGAGCGCAGGUACAGCACCACUGAGAGACAUCAGGCUCAAGGGCAAGUGGCUAAGGUCCACAUAGGAUCCCCAGCAAACGACAAGGCAAGUCGGCGCUGGUGCUCCAACCUGGAGCUCAGUCAAGAUGAAGGAGAAAGCCACGUAGAGCAAGGACAUAGGAGGGCGCCUCGAAAAGCUCGUCAUGGUCACAGCAGUCACCAGCAGCAGCAGCACCAUCAGCAUUCUCAAUGCUGGCCCUCCGACUUCCAGCAGCGAGCGCCACUCUGCCAAGGAGAAGAUGCCUACGCCGGAGCCGCCCCCGGUGAAUCCGAGUCCAGCAUGAGCGAGGUGUACUCCCCGGCCUCCAGCUCGCUUUCCAGCGACUCAGACGAGAGCGGCGGUCUGGUGUGGCCUCAGCAGCUGCCCCCUCGCCUCGCUUCUACGUCCUCUUCUUCCUCGCCCUCAGCGCAGGCCACCGCCAACCCCCCAUCGCAAUCGAAGGCCUUCGUCAAGAUUAAAGCCUCACACGCCCUCAAGAAGAAGAUUCUCCGAUUCCGGUCGGGAUCCCUCAAAGUCAUGACCACCGUGUAAAUUGGAACCUGACUGUCACAUCGGGGCGGCUGCUUUUCUAAGCCCAGCCUCUCAUUAAAGGCUGACGCGUCACGCUUGCUUCUGACAUGAGAAGGGUUCGGCUUUGAUGUUUCCCUAAGUGACGUUCUUUGAUACCAAAUUACUCAAUGUUGACGACGCCCGCAUUGUCACUAUGGAGCUGAUGUCCAAAGGAGUUAUUGUUAAUGACUCAUCAGUUCAUGGCUCCCAAAUUCCCACCCCCCCGUACAUGCUAGCCUGUGAAAUGUGUGCAGAAGUCUUGGGCCACCACUAGCUGCGACAUGUGUACACACACGUACACAUACACAACACAUACAGUUGUGCAAGAAAUACAAAGAUUAUGGUGAGGAUCUGGAUACAGGAAUUAUGGAAUAGGCCACCUCCAGAGUCAUAAUGGUACUGUCUUCCAUGAACCAGGAAGUAGCCUGCUACCACCAAACACAGUUUGUUGACUGAAAUAUUAUUAUUUUAGUGUUGCUAAAAGAAUCAACGUGAUGGUUCCCAAGACCUUUGCAUGAGCCUUUGCAAAGAUCCUCCCUCAAAGUCAAACACAGCACAAAUGCAGGCAGUGUCUUCUCUCUAAAAGACUUAAAACGCUUGACCGGAGAUGUAUUAUUCUAAACCAGCACUCAAGUGAAAUAAUGUCUUUUUUUCACAUGUGUUUACGUUGCGUUCUCUCACAAGUCAUGGCCAGGCAGCAAAUGAUGUAGUAGACUUUCAGAAGAAAAGUCAUGCACUGUAAUUACAAAAAAAUGGACAUUUGUGGGUUUUUUGGGGCCACUUGACAAAGAAUGAAUGUAAUAAGAAUAAUAAUAUAAGUGAGAAUACUCCCUUGUUUAACAACCUUGCAAUUUCAGCGUGUGUUGUGCAGGACUCACAAUUUUUUUUGCACAGGAACACUCAUGUUACAGGAAUAGAAUCUAAGGUACUAUCGUGCUUCACUCUUUGUCAGCUCUCUAAAUAAAUUCUAGUGAGAACACGUCGCUCUAUCCGCUCUGCAUCUAUAAUGACUGGCUUAAAUUGUUGCCAGCUGUCGCUGAAGCCAGUCAGUCAUCAUUACGGAGGUCAUUUUAAGGGCGCAGCGUCAAGAGCAUGACCACAAAUAAAGAGACAGCACAUUUGUACACCUGUAUUUCCAUGAUGUGGCCUUGUUUGGAGUGAAUGUGGUUUUGAAGAAAAUAAAACAACUUGGCUCUUGGUAUGUUAACAUAGUUUUACACAUUAUUUGAAGAAUUACAACCAACAGCAACAGAAGAUGGCAGCAAAACCAAUAAUGUCAACAGCAGCAACAUAAUAAUGACAUCAUUCCUUAUCAUCAUUUUCCAUGCAAAGAUGGAAAAUAGAAAAAGGCAAAAAAGAUCAGCGACAUCACUGCUUAAGAGGGGGUAAACCGAGAGAACAGCAAAAGCAGGAACAGCAUCAACGACCUCCUAGAGUGAGAGUGGCAUUGCUCCUUCAAAAGGGGACAGACAGAGAAAAUAGCGACAAAAAACAGAAGACAGCAACAAUGACGUCCUUUAAAACAAUAACAGGGUCUUCAUUCCUGAAGAGUGGACAGACAGAGAAGAGAGCUAAAAUAGACAAGAGCAAAGCUAACAGCAGCAGCAGUGACAUUCUUUGUAACAGAAAGAAACGAGAAAACAACAAAAACAGGGAGAAAAGAAAGAACAGAGCAAAAAAGAUAACAGAAGACUGCAAUACGCCAUCCUAUGUAACAUUGAAAACAACAUCAUUCUUUAAUAGGGGGCAGAUGAGAAUAGCAAAAAAAGAAAACUACGAUCGACAACAGCAAAAGCAAUAACGUCAACCGCAGCACUGCCAACCUAUGUCACAUCAUUCCUUAAGAUGGGACAGACGGGCAACUGCAGCUACUAGAACAGAAAACAGUAGCAGUAGCAUCCUACGUAGUAUUGGAUGGCUGCGGUGUUGGAGCCGGAACUCCAACAGGAAAUGAAGUAAAUGUUAGCAGUUCAUACCAUCUCACAAGCGGUUCUGAAACUUGGACCUUGAUACUUUAUGAAGUCAUUUAGAAAGGAUUCUAUAAGACAAGGUUGAAGGGAUAGUUGGACUUCUUUGACAUAAAGCUGUAUGACACCCCGCAUCAGCAGUGUAGUUCAUCAACCGUGACUUACCCCCCCACUUGGUCCCGCGAGUCCAGUUCUGGUCAGAUUUCGGUGAUGAAGAACGUAGUUCUGCUUAGUUGCUGGUGUCACUUAAGUAAUGAGUUUGGCUUCUCAAAACAACAUGCGUUGAAAAGAGUCAUACAUUAGCAUCACAAAAACGCCUCCUCCAAAAAAUCAGACCCCACAAAUUGAUCGGCGUUAUAUUUGUCUCCCGCCGCAAGCGUCUUCAUUACAUACACAAAAAUGGAGAGGGUGCGGGAGACAAAUAGAACGUUCAGCGAUUUAAAGAAAUGAAAUAAAUUUAUAUUUUUAGAAUUUUGUUGUAGUUGUUUUUUACUACCUACAAUUGUAUAAAUGCAAUUUUAUGACUAAUUUAUUGAUCAUUACCUUCUUUAUUAAUUUGUCUUUAUUAUUGUGCUUCACUUU